AUGAAACAAGUCUUAUCAAAUAUGUCAGCGAAAGAAAUUGAUACUUAUUACCAAACUAUCCUUGAACUUGUAUCGUUAGCUGGAAAAAUGAAUAUUACUGUUCAUAUGAAAGCGAAGAAAGAUAAUACCGUAAGAGAAGGUUUUUCGAUAACAAAACGCGUUGAAACAAAAGGAGGUCCAGCUGAUCUUGUUACUGAAUUUGAUCAACGUGUAGAAGAAAUUUUAAUAAAAAAAUUAAAAGAAAAAUUUCCCACACAUAAAAUCAGCUUCUGCUCAUUUGCAAUAAAUAAACAAUUAAUUCUUGGUGUUAUUUAUAAUCCAAUCUUAGAACAUUUAUAUUCAGCUAUACUUGGUAAAGGUGCAUUUAAAAAUGGUCGACCAAUCAAAUGUUCAGGACAGACAGAACUUUGA